UUUAUGUCAAAUCGGGUGACAGUAAAUGGCUGAACCCGCUCCGUUUGAGUCAUACCGUCAUCUCCCAGAAUUGCUCUGCGUUUCAUUUUGCCCGCACGUAUGAGAGUGUCUGUGUGUGAGUUAGGAUGAAGGGAGGGGGAGAGGGAAGCUGGGAGAAGAAGACGCGGAGCUUAGUUGAAAUGCGCAGCGCAUUCUUGCGUGGAGGGCGAAGCGAUCGGCGGGGCAGUGGCAUCGCUCCAAAUAAUCACAGAUCUGCUUCUGCUUUUUAAAACCUGUGCCGCAUAAACAGACUAAAAAUAUAUAUUGCUGCAUUGCUGCUCGGCCUGCAACGAGUAUUUACAUAUAUAUUUUUUAUUUCCCUCCGUAAGUUGUGUCGCGCUGAAGCAACGAGGAAUCCUUCUCAGUCUCAGCCCGGAGAGGGUGGAUUCGUCACCAGCGCGCAGGAGUUGCACUGGGAAGAUGUGGAGAAAAUGAUCCCGAGGUGAACUGACAUCCCGCUGUGUGGCGUCUGUGCAGCUGCAGAAACUCUGGAAGCUACUGAAGAACAAAAUGUUUGCUGUUAAAAUCAACUUCCUAACCCUCGCCCUUCUUCUAAUUUUGCCUUUGGGUUCGAGGCAACAGGUCCCUUCUAACUGCGUCAUCAAGAGGGAGCAGGAGAAAUGUAUGGAGAUGAUGGCUCUGGAACAUUCAGACUCAGAAUUUGACUGUCCGUGGUUCUGGGACAAUCUUACAUGUUGGCAGCCAGCCAAGGUAGGGGAUGUGAUCCAGAUGAACUGUCCAGAACUCUUCUCUCAGUUCAUGAGCGAGGAAGACUACGAACUGGGGAAGGUGAGUCGUAACUGCACAGAGUUUGGCUGGUCAGAGCUCUUUCCUCAUUAUAUUGAAGCCUGCCUGUACGAGGAAGGAAACAGCAGCCACCCCCCCGAUAUGUAUUAUGUGUCAGUGAAGGCUCUGUAUACAGUGGGCUACAGCACCUCUCUGGUGUCCCUCACCACAGCUAUGGUCAUCCUGUGCAGAUUCAGGAAGCUGCACUGCACCAGGAACUUCAUCCACAUGAACCUAUUCGUGUCGUUCAUCCUGAGAGCAAUUUCUGUCUUCAUCAAAGACAGCGUGCUUUACGCAGAGGAAGACAGCGACCACUGCUUCAUACACACUCUGGAGUGUCGAGCUGUGAUGAUAUUCUUCCACUACUGCGUCCUCUCCAACUACUUCUGGCUCUUCAUCGAGGGUCUGUACCUCUUCACUUUACUGGUGGAGACUUUCUUCCCUGAAAAGAGAUACUUCUACUGGUACAUUGUCAUCGGCUGGGGAACGCCAACAGUGUGUGUGACCAUCUGGGCGGUCCUGAGGCUGCACUACGAUGACAUAGGAUGUUGGGACAUGAAUGACAACGCUGCCAUCUGGUGGGUGAUAAAGGGACCAGUUCUGGCUUCAAUUAUGAUCAAUUUUGUACUCUUCAUUGGUAUCAUCGUCAUCCUCGUUCAGAAGCUGCAGUCCCCAGACAUCGGUGGGAAUGAGUCCAGUAUUUACCUGAGACUGGCCCGUUCUACUCUGCUGCUGAUCCCCCUGUUUGGGAUCCACUACACCGUGUUCGCCUUCUCCCCGGAAAACGUCAGCAAGAGGGAACGUCUUGUCUUUGAACUCGGUCUCGGAUCCUUUCAGGGAUUUGUGGUGGCCGUUCUCUACUGCUUCCUGAACGGAGAGUAUAUCCCUCAAGGUGCAAUCGGAGAUCAAGAGGAAAUGGCGCAGCUGGACGGUGAACAGGUACUUUGCUGUGGACCUGAAGCACCGGCAUCCUUCGCUGGCGAGCAGUGGGGUGAACGGGGGGACGCAGCUGUCCAUCCUCAGCAAGAGCAGCUCGCAGAUCCGAAUGUCCAGCCUGCAGGCCGAGACCCCGGCCACCUGAGCGGCCCCUGUGGGGAUGUCUCUACCGGUCCUGCUGCCGCCGCUGACGACCCCAACCCGCCCACCAUCGUCCCAAUGACCAACCUCACCGACCCGUUCUUCAACACAGACCCUGAUGAAUCCACCAUGGAGACACAGCUGAACUCCAGUGACCCCAAACAGCCUCUUGUGUGAACCUGAAUGUGCCAAAUAAGGACUCACUGCACUCUGCUGUUUCCUGGCUGAAACAUUAAGAAGCAUCGCCAUCUGUCUCUAUGUGUUGUGAUAGUUUUAAAAGUUGUCUGGUGCUGCUGAGCAACAUGACGGGACCAGUCCGUUAAUUAGGGACGUCCUCAAACUGUUGAUUCCAGUCCGUCCAAAUGUUCCUCAGCAUUCCUGUUUAGCUAGUAGCUGCAAAAAGACACUAAUCACAGAGCUGUAAAUACAUUAGAAGAGUGAGAGAUUAAUUUUCAUUUUACAUUGGGUUUUAUUUACUUUGCAAAAAAAAAAAAAUCUUGUGUGACAGCUUCAGUGGCUUUGCAGGAGCUGCUGUUGUGACUGUCAGGAUAUCUUGUACAUUUUGAAUCGGAUUAAUCCUGUCGCAUAGAUGACUGAAACGUUAGUGGAGAGUAAAAACAAUAAUCUGCGUUGCAUCAAGCGAAAUGUAACUGUGGCUUAAAGAGCUUACUCCAAAUUCCUUGCCGACAUUCAGGAUAAAUCUUGCACCGAUUUCCAACACUGGUGUCUAUAGCGACUUAAAGCUGCAAGACUAAAUUCAUGUAGUGACCUUUUAAAGGACAAAGAACCAGAGAGAACCUGCUGGUGUUUGUGUCUGGUUUCACCUAUAACAUAAUUAUUUAGACAAAUGUUUGCAGCCAAUAUGAUAUAAAGUGACUAUAAAUGAUUUAUUAAUAUUAUUCCUUACUGUCAAGCUGUGACUGCGCUACAGCGAACAUGUGUGAUGAAUCCAAGCAGACAGAAGAAUGUCAGGGAGAAAAAUAACCAGUGGUUUUCGGAAAGAAAUGUUUUCUACCGUUAUGUGAAAAGCCAAAACAGACGCAGGGUUUCGAUUGAGACACGCUGAGGUUUGUCUAAUACGACCACAAACACCUCUUUUCAAAACUUCAGCGCUGCUCAGAGGACAGCCACCAGUACAAAAAAUGUCAAUGAAAACAUUGUGAGUUCAUUUACUUGCAUGAAGUUGAAGUAACUGUUGUUAUGCAGUUGUUUUUGUCUUUUUCUCUCUCUCUUUUUUCUGAGAAGUCAGUGCUUUAACUGGAUGCAAGGUUUAUUUUAAUGUUGAAUGGGCUGCUGUGGAGACAGAGCAUUGCAAUAUUAAUUAUUAUGUCGCAUCUACUGUCUCUCUAGCAGAGAUAAUGUAAAGGUCUUCAAUGAAAGGUCUACAUCCUCUGAAACCUCAAUCACUUUCCAGUUUGUGUUUCUUGAGGUAUUUGGUGUCUUGUUGCUUGAGAACCCAAGAGGAAGGAUUAUAUAAAGUAUGGUUUAAAAAAAAAAUAAAGUACACCCUGUUUUAACUGUUUACAUAUCACAAUGAUAAAAUGAUCUGGCUUUUACCAGGUUGUAAAAUAAUUUAGACCUACCUUCAAGUGUCAGAAGAGCAUAACCAAGUCCAUAGUACCGAAGAUGAAGCAAAAAUGAAGAUGCUGUGUAUGAAAACCUAAAUACAUCUUAUACUGUAAAUCAGCUACUUGUGGGACAGAUUUUAGUAGCAGAAGCUCUAAAUAGUCAUUUUCUUGUUGUUCGACUGGAUCAGCCUUUCACACAGCUCAGAUUUUUUUUUUUUUUGCCACUCGUCUUUCCAACCAUUCUUAAAUCCAUCAGUAUUUACAGAUGUUGUUUGUUUUUGCACAGACUUUCAAUCAGAUUGAUGUUUAGACUUUGACUAGGACAUUAAAUACCUUCAUUUUAUUUAUUUUUGCUUUUUCAGUCAUUGUAGAUUGGCUGCUGCGUUUGUCGUCGUCCUUUAAAGCUUCAUACCUCCCCUACUGUACGUAACAGUUCAUCUGCAGCUGCAAGUUCAACUGCAAGAUGACCUUCCAUGUUGUUUCCUUAAUCCCACUUCACAGAAGCUACAUCUAUUCAGUAUUUUCAUCUGAUUACUUUGCAAAUGACCCCAUCAGUCUUUUCCAGAUGAACGGACCACAAUUGUUUCUCUAAGGUUAUUGCUGAUGACUUUCCACCUUUUCAUCUGUUAAAUGUUCACCAGCUUUCAAAGAGGUGGCCACACUUGGUUAUUUGAUCAGAUCUUUUAAUAAGCAGAACCUGGCUUCUACAUUCCUCCUUAUGUCAUAGUCAAACUAAAAGAGUCUACUUGACUUUCCCAUCUUUGAGAAAUAACUAAGGUAAAUCUGUUGCGUUCUGGACGCCUGAUGUUAGAUCAAAAAUACUUUUUACGACCUGGUUAAAAAAAGUUCAUGUUUAUUGUUGCCUGAUACAUAAAAUCCUCCAAAAUGAAAGAGGGUGUACUUUAAUUUUAAGGUUACUGUGGUGUAAUCCUCUUAUUCCAAAUAUGACAUAUUUGAUUACUCGCUGAGUUUUUGUUUUGGAGAGGUUGUUUUUGCAGAUGUGUCCUUCUGUCCUCUGAAUCUCAACACUCCACACUGCUUUGUGUUGCCAGAAGUGCCUUCAAGCACAAAACCAGUAUUCUGACUUCUGUUUAAUAGAGUUUUCUUUGAGUUUUAAAAACAAAACUGCAAAGUAAAACAGGGGGUUAAUGCACAGUUUUUCCUUGCUUGUGGCAAAAAUCCUGUACUUAAAACAUGGAAGCCUUGAGAGUACUUUAAUCAUGACUAUUUAGUUGUUUUCACUAAAGCAGUGUUUUAUCUUACAAUUACACAAACACACUGUUCCCUACAUCAUAUGUACACAUUUCAGUGAAGUUUUAUGCUUUUCAGGAGCUGUAAUGGACUCCAGAUAUUUUUU